GCGUGCUGCGUCACAUCCGGUGGCGGGCCCUCAGUGAAGGACAAGUGGGCACCAUGUCGGCCCUGAGAUUGGCGUGCAGAACUGCGGCUCAGGCCCGGUUGAUGUUCCCGCCGCCCCUGCGUCAGCUCUCCACCGCCCCCUGCCUCAGGAGUUACAAGUUCGUCAACGAGAGGGAGGAUCCCACCGACCUGCAGGCGCUGACCGACAACGCAGCUCAGACGCUGUUCUGGACCGAGCUUUUCCGGGGCCUGGCCAUGACCCUCAGCUACCUGUUCCGGGAGCCAGCCACCAUCAACUACCCCUUCGAGAAGGGCCCCCUGAGCCCGCGGUUUCGGGGGGAGCACGCGCUGCGCCGUUACCCCUCGGGGGAAGAGCGGUGUAUCGCCUGCAAACUGUGCGAGGCCGCCUGCCCGGCCCAGGCCAUCACGAUCGAAGCGGAGGCCCGCGCGGACGGUAGCCGGAGAACCACUCGCUACGAUAUCGACAUGACCAAGUGUAUCUAUUGUGGCUUCUGUCAGGAGGCCUGCCCCGUCGACGCCAUCGUGGAGGGGCCCAACUUUGAGUUCUCCACCCAGACGCACGAGGAGCUCCUCUACAACAAGGAGAAGCUGCUGAACAAUGGUGACAUGUGGGAGGCCGAGAUCGCGGCCAACAUCCAGGCCGACUUCCUGUACCGCUGACGGACUGUUCGGGGCCCGGGGUAAACCAUCGUUUCCCCUCGCUCCCCCCGCCCACACACCCAGGAGAGUGUUUCGUUUGGGGCGCGCCCCCCCCCUGUAAAUACUGUUCCCACCAUCUCAUUAAAGGCGAGUUGCCUCCUG